CAGUUCAGUACUAGUUAGUUAGCAGCCUUGAUGAUUAUUAUUUUAGCACGCAGCGCAUGUACCGCGCAUCGCCCUGAGAGAGAGGAGUGGCUGCAUUAAACCGUUGCUUGGGCCAUUUGCUCGGUCCACUGGGAAGUGUUUCAGGCGCUGGACAAGUCAGCAUCCCCCAUCAUCACAACAAGCGCUUGUUCUUAUUAUUCUUGUUCUUGUUCUUGUUGUCAGUUCUUAUAUUAUUCUCCCCCCGACAAAACUACUCGAUAUUACUGAUUCUACUCGACAUACCCUCUUCGAUUCUGCUGCGCUGAUUGCAACGAUAGCGGAUGCCACCAUGUUAUGAUAGAGCCCUUGCGCGCAAUUAGCAUCUCGCGCCGCGCAUUGUGAACCGCCAAACAACCGUGGUUGAAGCAAGAUGGGCAACCAACCGUGGCUGGAUUCGCUUUCGGAUGACUGGGUCUCCCAGCCCAGGGAUUCUCCUGGAGUUGCCAGUCCUGCGGAUCUGUCGCGACGCUCGAGUAUUAAUAUUCACAACUCGCCAACCCCCAGUCGCAUCCCCGUUCGCAACUCGACGACGACACCGAAGAAGAAGCAGCCGCUGCACGACGACAAGAAGAAGAUUCCGCGCCCAUGUCAUUCCAUCAGACGCGAACCACCUACCCCAAAGACCCCCAACAAGUUCACGCCGCGCCUGGUGAAGACGCCCGUGAAAAAGACGCCAAUUGAGAAGAAGACGCCUGCUUCGGACGCUGCCAAAACAGACCCGAAGCGGCCGACCCGGAGCUCGGCCGCGCAUCGCAGACAGGCCUCCACGCCCUCGAAGAAACCACCGUCGCGUGCGGUCUCGAGCGCAUCGAACCAGACGGUACAGCAUAAUUCAACCGUCCAGCGCAUGUCGAAGAAAGGCAGCGGAGGAGACGGGACUCCGGAAUGGCGCAAGAGACUGGUGCGCGGAGAGGUUCCAGCCGGUGAACAGUGCGACCUCUUUGCGCCAAUAGGUCUGGAGAGUGUUUUUAAACCGCCUACGCCGGGCUCAGGAGCAGUGCGACAGGAAACACUGGCGCUCCCCAGCCAGACAGACUCCUUUUGGGCCUUUACAGAGAAUGGGUCGGGAAAACAGGGGGAGGAUACGGAGGGCGCUACGGGGGCAGAGGAUAGCCAGGUACAUCAUGAAACAAAGGAAGCGGCAGCGGAAGCCUCAAAAGCUGCGGAGGAACCUGACGACAAAACGUUCGAUUUCACUCCAGAUUCAGACAAAGAAAACCGGCCCCGGGACGACGCAAGGGGCGAGUCGCCAAGUCCCAGCUACCACCGCAGUGGGCCAAACCAGGACAUGCGCUCGAGGACGGUCAGUGGUAUGGAGGAAUUGCGGAAUGAGGGUCUGACGCCCAUUUUCUUAUCGAGGAACAAUACGCUGGAAGGGAAGGGGCCGUCGGAUAUAAUCGAAUCUGCAUUGCAGAAACUGAACACCAAGCUCGAAAAGAUGUCGUUAAAGGGGAGGUACCGGCCCAGUUCACGGGCUAGCGACAGUGGGAUCAUGUAUCAAAACAGUGACGACGAGGAUGAUGGGUCCCCCGAAGACGAUCUGCUCGACGUGACCAGCCAUUCUCUGCCCAAGGACCUGUCCAUGGGCACACUGGACUUCGCAUCCCGCGGUGCAUUUGUGAAUUUGCGCCGGGGAGGAUACUCGGCCGAUGAUGCUUCCUUCCAGGCUCGCCAGUUGACUCCUUCGUCCUUUCCCUCGCAGUUCCGCUCUCCCUCUUUCCUCGCCAACUCCAAGAUCCGCAGUUCACCGCCGCAAUUCGAGCUGUUCAGGCCUUCGCGCCAGCAGUUCGAGAUCCCCUCUGACGCACCUACGCCUCCUGCUGUCACGGUCACUCCAGCUCGAGAUUCCUCCGCCGCGAUGAAACCGUCCGUGAGCCCUCUGAAGCUAUUUGGAAACCAUGAUACCUUUACCAACAAUAAGUUGUUGCGGAGGAUGAGCCAGUUCGAAGAGACGUUUGCCGACAUUUCCGAGGAGGAUGAACCCCCUUCCCCCAGCGAGAGCUCUAGACGGAGAGGCAGAAAUCGUAGUCGUCCAAACUCGAGGCGCGAGCCCCAGGGCAAUGGCUCUCCGCAAUCGUCUCCGCGUCCGAGGUCACAGGGUGCUUUGGAAUCUCGCAUGAACCGCUUCGGAGUGGGACAGCUGGAUAGGUUCGACUUCUCGGACACGUCUCCAAACAUGCAAGCUAUACCUAAAGGCAUAUUCGACGAUUCCCUGCAAGAAAACCAGCGAAGCCUCAAAGGUACGGGAUCGCGCCGAAACAGCCGCCGUCACUCCAGAAUACUUUCGUGGGCGAGGUCACACCCCCCAAGCAAGGAUGUGCUUCUCUAUCAGGAUAACUCUGAAAUUAAACGGGCCCUCAAUACUCCUGCAAGGACGUCGACCCCCAAGAGACGUCGAACGUUGCAGAAACCGGGCCAAUACCCUCAGAGCUUCGACGAAACGUUAGAUAUCGUCACGGAUACCAUGGGAAGUAUGUCACUGCUCCAGAAAAGUCUGGCGCGGCAGGGUAUAGAGUAUGACUUGGAAAAGAAUGGGCAUUUGCAACCGCCAAAGACGCCAACGCAGGAUCAACAGAAUGGCGAGAGAGACCUGCCUUCUCAAGACGAAAACACCAAGCCUGGUCAAAGAAAAACCGGCAGUCAUCCCAUGAAUACAGACGUCCGAAAAGGCUCCAUUACCACACAGGAUUUCCUAGACGAGGCUACGAAGGUUAUGAAUAUUAUCAGAGCAAAGGGUAAAACGAUUAACGGCCUGGAGAGUGUGGAGGAGUCCAGAAUGAUAAACCCAGACGGUGAAGAAGCCUCUGGAGACGAGUCCACCCAAGAGGAAUUCUCCAGACCGCCUAGUCGUGACGGCUUGGAUCUACGCAGAUUAAGAGAAAUCCGUCCCCACAACCCACGAGUUGCCAGUCACUUGAAGAAGUUCGAAGAGCGAGAUGAACAGGAGCUUACUAUGAGCGGUUCGACGAUUUCCUUGCGUCUCGCGGAACGCGGUCAGAAGGACAUCGAUGAAGAAAGUAGCCCGCAAAAUAUCCGCAUACGUGGGAACCCUUUCAUGCAACGCAAACGAAAGCAUUCAGAGCCCAAGUCUCAGGAUGGCACCACGAUGAAUACGCAGGACUCGUCUAACAGCCUUGGUGGUCGCUCGAUUCCUACUCGUUCCUCAAAUGGUUCCAAUGCGAAGGGAAUGAUCCCUUCGGAUAUGGUUUCUCAUUUGAUCCCAGAGCUGGUCAAUGGGAUGAGCUAUGAUCGUGCAACCCACAUGUGGGUAAAGAAGAGUAGGGUGGAAUCUAUAAACAGAUCAAGGACCGAUGACAGCGAAGGCGACCCGUUUCAGGAUAUUUCAGAUCUCAGCGUGGAUGAGAUUCAAGAACUGAUGCGGAUCCGGGAGCUCGAAGCUUCCCACAAAUCAAAGAAUGGUGUCCAUUCGGUCGAGUCCCAAGAUGGUCAGUCGCUAGAGACACGGCCACAGAGCAAGGACGGGGAACCUUCGGUGAAUGCCAGUUCUGUCCAAUCGAAAGCUACUCCAUUUGACUCUAGCGGUCCAAAGACGGAUACAAGGGCGACAUCAUGGGGCACGCCUGAACUGGACGUGAACCGAACCCGCGACAAAGAUGCUCAGACGGACGAACGUUUGAAGGAGGUCCAGCACGAAAUUCAUCUCCAUGAUGGACAUACCUCGGCUGCACCUCAGUCUGACGGUCCCACUCGUCAACCGCGCGUUGUUACGAUCAGCUUCUCUUCUCCUCUGGUGUCUCACGUCGCUUAUCCUGAGAAUUCCAGCCCGCAGGCAUCGGAGCAUGACGCCUCCAGCCCUGGCGCUGGCGGUACAAGAGAAACAGCGCGGGAUGGACCUCAUCCCGGUAGAUUGCUGCGGAACGUCAAGAACUCUUCUCGCAGGAGGUCUCUUGAGGGGAAGCCUUUCGUUGGGCGGUCAGUUUCGCGCAUAGAUGAACAGAGCGAAGAGUCAACAAACAACCUGAGUGUCAUCCAACAGCGCACUGCCGAGGAUUCGAUAACUACUCCGCUUUCGAAUGACCGGCGGAGAUCUUUGUCGUAUUCGUCCAUCGGCAAUGACACCUCGUAUAGUUUCCAUCUUAGCCCUUUGCCCGAUUUCACUGUCAAUCAGAUCGAUGACCCUCUUCAGCUUGAACUCAGUUAUGUUGCGCAGCGGGCCCACCACACGUCUUUGCGUCAAGUUCAUGGCACCUUCGCAUUGGCAGCAGAGGAUUUGAUCAAGCACAUUACGGAUGUUGAGCCGUAUGAGCCAUACUGGGAGGAUAUACGACGUCUGGAUCUGAGCAAAAAGGGAUUAAUCACUCUUCACAGGCUCAAUGAGUUCUGCCCCAGGCUUGAGGAGCUGGAUGCUUCGGAUAAUGAUAUCGGGCAGCUGAGUGGCGUUCCUCCCACCCUCCGACACUUGAGGAUCCAACGCAACUGUCUUUCCAGCCUCACGGCAUGGGGCCAUCUUAUCAACCUCCAGUACUUGGAUGUGUCCGGAAACGAGUUGGAGAACCUGGAUGGCUUCUCGGGCUUAAUUCAUCUAAGGGAGCUGAAGGCAAAUAAUAACAAGAUCCGCAAUAUAGACGGCAUUCUAGAUCUAGACGGGCUACUGAGCUUGAAACUUAAGAACAACGAGCUGACAGCAGUGGAUUUCGAAGGAUCCGAGCUGACGCGGUUGACGGAAAUCGACUUGAGCCACAAUCGGCUGACUUCCGUUGAAAAUGUGGCUUACUUGCCGUCUCUCGAAGACCUAGAUCUGAGUUCGAAUCAUCUCAGCGAUCUGCCUUGCAACGUCAAGCUGCGCAGACUGCGUUCACUCAAGCUUUCAGAUAACCGCAUUAGCACCUUGGACGUCAGUUCUUUCCCAUCGCUUAGCCUACUCUACGUAGACAGAAAUUCGUUGUCGACUAUCGCCGGGAUUGGCAAAUGCCACGAGCUUGAGAUCCUUUCUGCACGAGAGCAGAGUUUUCAGGAAGUAGACAAGCCACUGUCUCUUGAUCUUGACCUUGGUCUGCUGCAGGAUGUCCGCAAGAUAUUCCUGUCGUCAAACAGACUGUCGCCACGCACAUUGUCUCCUUCUGUACCAAUGAGAAGCGUGCAGCUAUUGGAUAUUGCAUCAUGUGCACUCCCCAGUCUUCCUGAGGACUUUGCAAUGAGUUUUCCGAACGUCAAAGUAUUGAAUCUCAACUUCAAUGCAUUGUCAGAUGCAGGUGGAAUAGUGGGCAUGAAGUGUCUUGGACGAUUGACGCUGGUGGGCAAUCGCUUUACGAGACUGAGAAGACUUUGUCAGGUCCUGGCCCAUGUUGGCAAAGAUUCGAGCGGGAACCGUAGCUCUCUGAAAAGAGUUGAUCUCCGCGGAAAUCCUCUCACGGUUGGAUUUUACCCUCCCUCUCUGUCCGGCAGUGGACGAAGUGAAGUCGGUAGACUGAAGGACAAAGAAGAGCCAGUCCGGAGAGAGAAGGGCCUUGAUGAGGAUGGAUUUACAGCUCGCGCCAAUCUGGGUGGGCACCAAGAUGUUGCUCGAGUGGUCCCUUGGAGGGAAAACGGGGGUGAGCUUGAACAAAGCCAUGAGAUCGAUGACCCGUACACCCUGCCCCCCGCAGAUGUGGAAGCUGACCGCAAAUACGUGGCCUGCCUUGAUGAGUCGACAAAAUUGCGACGGAGAGUCGUGGAGCUCAUGCUGUACGCUGCCACAGGUGGUGCUAUCAAGGUUCUUGACGGGCUGGAGCUGCGGUCCUCCAUAGGGGAGGAAGUAUCCGAGAAUAACUCGGAUGUGUGCCGUGUCUUGACUCGACUAGAAGAACUGGGUGUGCUCAAGAAGAAAGAAGUCGUUGCAUAGGGCGGUGUUUCUCUCCUUUUCUGAUCCGGAGUUCUCGGGGGUUCUUCUACAUUUGAGCGAACGGCAUUGUUUUUUUUGAGAUGAUUUUUUUUUCCGUCUGGUCUGUAUUAUGCGGUCUACGUCCGCCCAUAUGGGGGUCUGUGUAUUAUGCUAUGUCAUCAUGUUGGAUGUUUUUCCCCCUCUGCUCAUGUCAUUGUCAUGAUGGGAUGGGGACUUUUUUGGCAGUUAUGAUUCCAGGAGGACCACGAUUCUCCAAGUAUACAAUUGGAAAGAGCAAUGAUCUUAUUGCGGAUCUUGCGCUGUUUUGCAUAUAUACAAUUACCGUCUGCAUUCUUGCCUCGUGUAAAGAACGUUAGUACUACAUCGUACAUAAUGAGAGGAAAACAACGCGCUUAGAGAACCAGGCACGGGACAAUAUCAUAUUGCACCAUUGCUAGAAGCAAGCAAGCAAGCAAGCAA